GUUUUGCAGAAGUGAAACAACUUCCUAGUUUCAUCGGCCCACAUUCUGCACAAUGAGGCAGUGCGUCGUGCUUCUCUUUGCUUCUCUGCUGACAUUAUGUGAAGCAAAAGGAACCAUUGAGACUCCUGUGUUUGUGCUGAAGGGACGUGAUCUGCUCCUGGAGCUUCAUGCUGGUCCUCCUGAGAGGGUUUUAUUUGUUGACUGGAAAAUCAAUAAAACAGUCACUUUAGUAAGAUUUGAACCUACAGGGGAACCAAAUGUCCUUCAUAAUGUCUCUGGAGGGUUUGAGUUUCCAGAUAAAAACUUCUCUGUGACAUUGAAGAAUCUACAAGAGGCCGACAGUGGAGUUUAUUCUGCUGAAGCAGGAACAUUUAAAGGAAACAAACCUCUAGCUGAAUACAAGGUCACAGUUCAAGGACCAGUGUCUCCAGUUGAACUGACCGUGGACCGAGUGGACUCCAACAGCUCAGAGUCAUGUGACCUCCAUGUGACCUGCAGGACUCACAACUCUCACAUCAACAGCACUUUUAGACGUCUCGACCAGAACUGCAGUCAGGAGGGAAGAGAGCAAUCAGAGGUAACGGCCUCUGGGGCUUCUCUCCAGGUCUACCUGUUGAAGAACACCAUCAUCUGUAACCAUAGCAACCAGGUUCACUGGACCCAGGACUUUAAUACUGCUGAACAUCUUUGCUCCUCAAAUACUGCUCUUCCCCUUCAAUAUGGCUGGAUGACUGCUAUCAUUCUCAUUCUCUUACUUGUGGUUGCAUUCGUCUUGCUUUGUUAUCAUCGAAAGAGAAGAAUCACAGAUUCAAGACAGAUCGAUAUUGAAACAAAUUACCAGGUUCUUCCGGAAGUAAAAUCAGCACCACCUCUCAAUCAGAACUCCACCUACAGCUUGUUGGGACAUUCUGCUGUAUCGACUCAGCCGGAGAGCAUCUACGCUACAGUGGAGAAGCCUGACAGGUCCUCCAACCAUUAAAGAGGAAUGAUUUCCCAAAUUCUAGAUUUCUGCUGGCAGUUUUCCGUGUUGUUGAAGCUUUCGAUGUAUCAGUUCAUGUGACCUGCUUUAAUGCUGAGAUUCUCUACACAAACGUGCCAUUGGUGAGAGGUUACUAAGCAUCACACGCAUUCACACACAAGCUUAUUUAGCGUCACAAGAGAUAUGUGUAAUGACAUCUUUUAUAUUUAAGAUAAAUGUAUAAAAAGUAAUAAUUAUGUCGUUGAGAGGCUUUUUAUUUUGGACUGGUACAUCAGAAUGUCCUGGUCAUCACCAAGUCACACCAUGGUGAUGUGUACUGCCUAAAGUGGAAUUACUGUGUAACUAUUUUUAGUUACCUUCUAUUUAUAACCUGAAAUUGACCAAAAGUGGUCUGUUGAAAGAUUUAGGUGUAAGGAUGUAUGUAAGGAAACCAUACAGCUCAUGAAUGGUAUUUUUAGAGGCUUUAAUUUUGGAAUGGUAGAUCAGAAUGUCCUGGUUAUAUGUUGACAGAAAAGGUCUGUUAAAGAUAAUGUUUGCGAAGCGAGCAUUCCUGUUGUUGAUUCACACGGUUAGCGACCACUGACUUUCUUCCCCUGUGAUUGUAUUUAAGCCUUGUGAGUCUCUUGUCUCUUGUCGCGUCAUUGUCUUGCCACGUAGUUUAUAGUUCAUGUUGUUUUUGUAAGAUCUUUGUUUUUUUUCCCUCCUUGGGUGGAGUGGUUUUUGAGUUUAAUUUUUGAAAUUUUGACUAUUAACUUGGAUUAUAAAGUAUUUUUGUUUUCGUAUAACUCCGCGUCUGAGUCCUCCCUCCUUGCCCACGACGUUUAGUGUAGAAUUGUAGUUUGUGUGAUGUUAGAUAGUAGUUAUUACAUUUGUAUGUUAGAGGAAGUGAAUGCAUUUGUCACGGUUUGGUUCUUCUUCCUGUUUUAUUUUGUAGUUUCAUGUCUCUUGAGUCUCUGGGUUAGUUUCACUUCCUGCCUUGUCCUGUGAUUGUCUGAUUGUUUCCACCUGUGUCCAAUCACCUGCACCUCUCUAGUGUAUUUAAGCCCUGUGUGCCUGUUGUCCCCUGUCGCGUCAUUGUCUAUGUCUGUUCGUGGUUUGUGCACGUCUGCCUUGUUUGGAAUAAUUAAAGAGCACCUUUGUUUGGAAAGUCCUGCAUUUGAGUCCUCCCUCAACCUGCCCCAGCAGCAACUCCUGUGACAGAAUGACGCGACCAACUAAGGACUCAGCGGGGUUUUUCCCGAGGGACAUUUUUUUGGGGAACUCGUCUGGCUCUGGGUGGCCCGCGCAGCGUGCAGCUGGCUGCCCAGAGCAACGCCAACCCCCGGCUCGCCAACAGGCCAUCCGGUCACUGCCCUCGCCGCUCUCCAGACCCCGCUUGGGACUCGCAGGUGGAGGCCAGCGUCCAGCCCCCCGGUCGUCAGCAUGCUGGGAGCGGGUGUUGGAGCAGGCUGCCCACCUUCAGGCCAACUACGACCCCCACGCUGUGGACCUGCGCGCUGGGCCACACCGAACCUCCCGAGUCCCGUCUCCGCACGUCCCGGCCCCAAGACACCCGUUUUUUGGGAGUUUUUUUCUCCUGUCAGGUAUUAGAUAAGCAAUUAGAUGCAAAGUACUGCACCACAUAAACUGUGAUAAACCAUUAAGAACUGUGAUCUUAUACAGUAUGUUGUGUUGUAAUUGAAGUGUACUAGUUAUAAUAUGAAGACAAACUAUGUAUGCUGUGUUAUAUUCACUCAUUGAGGCAUAAAGCCAAAUGUUUCUACAUAGAAUGUAUUGGAAUGUGAGGGAGAGAUGAGACAGAGCGGUUUCACACUUGGAUGUGAAGAGGAUGAACCAGGAGGAGACACUCUGAAGGAGAAGCCAAUGACAUUCGAAUGCAACAAAAGACCCCCCAGGAGUUUUUAAAAUACCAAACAGCGAAGCACUUGUUAGAGUUCUCCUGCAGCCGCUUUGAUAUGUAAACUUUGACUUGGUCGGAGAAUUCUCUAUUUCGCGAAAUAUGUUACUUUUCAAAUUGUAUUUCACUUUGUAAAUUGUAUUCCUUAUUACUUUGUUUAGAUAUUAAAUACUUUUUGAUUUUUAAAAUUUGAGCCAGGUGACUCUUUGAUUCAUCGUAGUGUGAUCUCCCUCGAGGGGCCUUCCGAACCCCAAAAAUAUCAUCCACCCAAAACGUAUAUACACGGUCAUUUCUUUGCAAUCAUUUUUUUAGCGUGAAAUUGUGUAUAAUCUUAUCAGCAUUUGUUUUAGAGGUGAAUUAUGAAUUUUUUCCUGCCAAAAUGCAUCUUUGAGUUUUGAAUGUCUUUCCUUCACCAGGUAAUGUCUGCAAAGCUGAUUUUAUAAAUACUUUGAAUUCUAAAUAGUUUGCGUCCAUGUCAGCAGAAAAUCAAGAGAUCAGUGAUGCUGCUCAAUGAAACCUCUUUCCUUGCCUUUUUUAAUCUGUUAUUGCCAAAACUAUUACACAGACUAAACUAUAACUUCCCUCCCAUGUGAAAGUUAUAUUUUAUUCACUUCUGGUGUAUCUUUUAAUGUUCUUUCCAUUUAGGGGCCAAAUGUGUCCCUCAGUGGGGGAGGCAUGGGGGAGAGAGGGAGUUUCUUCCUUUAACCUCUCAGGACGCCUUUGAAUCAGACUCUGAUGACAGAUGGUUUGAUCACUGACAGUCGAAUCUGAUCAAAUGACCCACACAGUCCACUCAGAGUCCUAAUAGAUAAUGAUCAUGAGAACAAUAGAUGUUGCUUCAGCAUUAUUGAAUGUGUAUGAACAUGGUUGAAAAACCUGAAAGGAGGCGUGAUGAUGUAUCUGCAUGAACUGUUUUUUAUAGGGAUUUAAGCAGAAGAUCACACCUAGUGGUUGAAAGUAUAAAAAAUGUAGUAAUGUUUAGUGUUAGAAUUGUAGUUUCUGUGAUAUUACAUUA